GAUCUCUACAAAAGACAUCUUCUGCUUCUACUUCUACAUCUUCAUCUGCGAGAAAGAUUACUUUUGGAAGUAAAGUUACUACACCAAUUUCGUACUUUGCUACACCUUCUUUCGAUACAUCAACACCAAGAUCAAUCUCAUACACCAAGCACACAAUCUUCAGCAUGUCGUCAGGAAUCCCCAGUGCCGAUACCGUCCGUAGAGGCUCCAAGGAUUCAGGCCGCAGGGGCUCGAAAGAUUCGGGCAUGGGAAGUAGAUUGUAUAGCACGACUUCGGGCUCUGCGCAUGCAAAUUCGGGAAGUGUGGGCAAAGAGGGAUUUGCUGAGUUGGGGAUUCAGAAUACGAAUAUUCAGACGGCACCGGGGGUGGAGUUGAAUCGGAAACAGAAGGUCAUUGUGGGGAGUGUUUUAGAUCUCUUCGCAGGUCUUCCCUCCCUCGAAAAACUAUCCCUUUGGUCUGACACUGCCGUCUUCGCCGAUCAAAUCACUAAUGCUGAAGGACGCAAACAAUAUUCUGCUCAAUGGUUCGGACUCAAAGCCGUUUGUAACAAUAUAGAACGUCUCGGACAUGAGGUAACGAGUGCUGGAAAUCCAAUCGAGAUGGAUUUAAAGACAAAAUAUGUUUUAAAGGGGGGUAUGUCACAGACUAUUGAGAGUAAGGUGAGUAUUUGGACGGAGGAACCGGGUGGAGAGGGAAAGAUUACAAAGGUCCAGGAUGCGUGGAAUGGAAAUGUGCCCAGUGAUGGAUUUUUUGUCAAGGCACUUCGAAAUCUUAAUAGUGUGGUUGUCCCCGUUGUCGUUAGUGUGCCAAAGAAUGAUGGAGAGAAUGCUUAGAAGGGCAAUCAAUGAAUGAAGGGAAGGUUGCCCGAUAGUGAGAGAUAGGUAUGGGACAGUGUGCACGAACGAGUGUAUAAGUUUAUUGGUGUAUGAGGGUAUUAUUAGUUUCUUGUUAUGUUAUGGGGUUAUGGAGUUACGAGAUUACGAGAUUAUGAGAUUGAGGGGCAGCACUAUACCUGAGUAUAAAUUAUAAAAUGAUUUUGGUACAAAUACUUCUCUUAAAACA